AAAUCGCACUUUUGUUGGAGUGCGGGCAUUUCGAAUCGGGAAUUUUGAUGGAGGAUUUUUAUUAAAUUGUUUGAUUCAAUGAGUUAAUUUGCUGAAGAUAAUGAGCACCUUUGGGGGGUUGAUGGUGGAGUAUCCACAGAUUGCCAUUGAUCGAUUUCAAGGGGAUGCUGUGCUUAGGGCAAGGGGUUAUUUUCUAUCUCAUUGUCAUACUGAUCACAUGGUCGGUCUCAGCAGCAAAAAGUUUGCCGAUAGACUUAAAUGCAAUCCCCACAUUAGACUGUAUUGCUCUGAGGUGACCUAUGAGUUCCUACUGACAGACGACAAGUAUAAGCACCUGCAGGCCAGUCUGUCCUCACUGCCCAUUGAACAGACCAGCACAGUUGCACUAGUGAAUGAGUUCAAUGGCCAGGAAGAAAAGCUAUUGGUCACUCUGCUGCCAGCAGGCCACUGCCCUGGUUCUGUCAUGUUUUUGUUUGAAGGUGAUCAAGGCACUGUCCUGUACACUGGAGACUUCAGAUUGGCCAAGGGUGAAGCAGCAAGGAUGGAACCUCUGCAUUCUGGAUCUAGGGUGAAAGAUAUAAUCAGUGUAUAUCUUGACACCACUUUCUGUGUCCCUGAAGCCAUGUAUAUCCCAAGCCGGGGAGAAUCAAAGGAUGCUCUUUUGGAUCUAGUUGAUAGCCAUAUAAGUAAGAGUGCUGGUCAUAUGGUGAAGCUGAACUGCAAGGCCAAGUAUGGCUAUGAGUACCUCUUUGUGGAGCUCAGCAAGACUUUCAAUCAAAAGAUUCAUGUGUGUGAUACAUUGAUGAAACAGUACAACAGAGUCCCAGACCUGUGCUAUCACUUGACAACAGAGGGCAGUCUAACCCAGAUCCAUGCUUGCAGAUAUGGGCCAUGUUCCCUCAAGAAUGCAACAAACAUUCUUUCAAUCACGCCAAGCACUAUGUGGUUUACGGGUAAUGCCAGGCCAGAGGAUGUCAUUAGAAAGGUUGGUCGUAGAUACAGGCUCUGCUUCUCCUUCCACUCUUCAUUCAGUGAGAUUCGAGAUUUUCUUGGUUAUAUCAGACCACAACAUGUCUACCCAAAUGUGAUUCCAUAUGGCUCAUCAGAGGAAGAAGUUGUAAAACGACUCCAAGACUGUUUGAGAAGUAACAAAAGGGGUGUGAUCCAGGAUCAUGAUGUUUCCAUAGCAACCAACUUCCAACCUUUUGGCAGUUUGAAGGACAUUAGGAAUGCAAGCAGGAAAAGGCAGCAUGCAGAUCAUCAGACAGAAGAGGACUUCCGUCUGCUUUUUGAGUGCAGUCCAGAGAAGCGAGAUAAGAAAGGUGAACCUUCAAGCUCAAGGGGGCAUCUCAAUCAUACCAAAGACAGUGAAGGUAGUGAUUCAAAACUGAAGAAAGAAUCAAGGGACUAUGGAGAAAGGGAAGGAGGAGUGGAUGGGGAGGGUCACAUAUCUGAUGCGUUGCCAUGGGAACAAGGAAAUGGAACCAAAGAAAGUUCCUACAGCUGCACCUUCGCUGAUAGUGAUGGAGUUCUCUCUGAUUCUGAUGAAUCCCAUUCUGGUGCGGAGGGAGAUAAUCAUAGCAAUGACAUCCUUUCCUUCAAAGAUGGACGAACAAAGAGUGUGAAGAAGAUCAAAUGUAAAGCAGGUCACAAAAGUAAUCGUCUGAAGAUUGAGGAUGAUGAUGAGAGGACAAGAGAGGAUCAGUCAUCUGGAAGUGAUGAUGAUGAUGAAGGUUUAGUGGAAGGAGAGAAGGAAGGAAGGCAAGAAGAAGAAUACCAGGAGGAGUCUCAGCCCGUUAACCCUUCCCAAUCCUCUACCAAUGAUGGCAGUAUGGCGCUCUUUUCAGAUGACUCCCAUCCAGGGGACAGCCAGAGGAGUGGAGGAUCACUCUCUUCAACCAACUGGUUGCAGUAUCUACCUACCAUGCAGCAGACUCUAACCAAGACUCCUCCAACUCAGGAGAAAGAGGAUGAUGACAGACUGGAGGUAAUAGGAGACGUUGCACAUAAGGAUACUGGGCGUGGUCAUCAUGAUAACAACCCCUCAUCUCCCAUUCUCAUCAGUGAUGAUGAUGAUGUGAUCGAGUCAGACUCUGACGCAACCCACAUCUGCUCUCAGCGUUCUGUUCGAUCAGAAGGGUCAUCGGUCAAUGACAUCAAGGUCAUUUCGAUGACCCCAAGUAAACACAACCUUUCCCCUGGAUGCUCCUUGAAAACAAGAGGGUUUAACAAUGGUGGUGCCAAUUUGAAGCAGCUGGAGAAAUACAGAUCUGGUAUUGAAAAUGCUCCUAACCAUAGCAGAACUGACACAAGCACUCAACCAAGUAGUGUUGCAAUAGAUAAACUUUCCAAUGUAGGAAGUGGAGGAUCCAGGUAUGACAAUGUUAUUGAAGAUGCUUCUUCUCUAGAGUCUGUGAUUGAGAUAACUAGCUCUUCAUAAUAUCUUCUGUUGAGAUACAGUCAGAAGGGCAUUCAUUCUACACAGUAGGCUUGCGGGUGCACCAUGUGAGGAUCCAGGUAUGACAAUGUUAUUGAGGAUGCUUCUUCUCUGGAGUCUGUCAUUGAGAUAACUAGCUCUUCAUAAUAUCUUCUGUUGAGAUACAGUCAGAAGGGCAUUCAUUCUACACAGUAGGCUUGCGGGUGCACCAUGUGAGGAUCCAGGUAUGACAAUGUUAUUGAGGAUGCUUCUUCUCUGGAGUCUGUCAUUGAGAUGACUAGCUGUUCAUAAUAUCUUCUGUUGAUAUACAGUCAGUCAGUUAACACCCUCCUGGCUGUCAGUAGACACUAUAGAUAUGACGAUUCAUUUACUAGGCUGAUCAAUCAAUGAAUGUGUCCUUUUUGAAGCUCAGCAAUCAUUGCCCUAUAAAUAAUAGAAUGUCACAUUAUUUAUGAUUUUAUUUAUAUUGAGUGGUAUAUUUGAGAGUCACAUUUUUGCCAAAGUAUAUCAAACUAUUCAGAGUAAAAAUAUGUUAUUUAUGUAUUUUUUGAAAUCAUAUUUUGAAUUUGUAUUUUAUAAUUUUCUAUAAUUCAUGAUCAACUAUUCAAAUGUCAUUUAGUGUUAAUAAAUUGCAUUUCAGGUGGACUUUGUAUUCUUUGAAAAUCUUAGAUAAUUAUUUCUCGCAAAGUUCAUUUUAACUGAUGAAAAAAGUACAAGUUUGCUGACAUUUUAAACCUUUUAAACACAAGUUGAUAUCAUAACACAUGUUUCUAUGGGAUGCUGCAGAAGAGGUAAAAUAUAAAAUUGAGUAGGAAUGAACUUGAGGCUGACUCAUAGUGAGAAUGAAUGCUUUUGCUUUUGUUGCAUGAAUGACAGGCACCCAAGAGAAAGUUUAGUUCUUGUAAAGAUACAAAUGUGAGCUUUUUCUUUCUUUUAUGUUAGUGUAGAUGGUUAUCAUUGGAGAAAUGUCCACUGGAAAGACUGCUGAAAUGCUGUCAUAUUCGAAAGAUAGAAUGAUAUAUAGCUGAAAUAUUAGGACCAAGCUUUGAUGCCACUCUGGAUGUAUAGUCCCAUAUAUACAUUUCUUUGUGCAGUGCAUGUGACUUUCAGCUAAACCGAUUCAGUUUAUCAUUUUGAUAAUUUCAAAAUCCAAGGGUAUACACCAAUGUGCUAUAUAAUCAACCUUCUUUAAUUGUUUCCUAGCAGUUUUGUUAACGAUGUACUUAGUUAAUCACAUAAUCAGAACUCAACUUUAUAUGCAUAAUACAGAGAAAGGGUCAUGGAUAGGACUAAUGUUUGGACUAGGGCCAAAUAACAGUGUAGAAUACAACAAAAAAUACCAAUGUGUUAGUAAAUGGCCAGUGGGUGUUUUAAAGGCAGUAUUCGAAUUUACAAUUUAUAUGAAAUCUUUCCACAAUUAUGGAAUGAACGAAUGUGUCUUUCUAACAGAUGACUUAAUAUGUGAAAUUGUUUUACCCUAGUACAAUCAUUCAUUAUCUAUUUUUAAUCAGCUGUUUUGUCCCUAAUCAAUUUUCUAAAGUGAGCUCUUUUUACUCUACCAAAAAAAAUGUAGGGUUCAACAAUUUAUAGUACUUGAAACUGUGAUACUGAUAUGUUACAAUGAAAUUCUGAUAGAUUUAUGCAAUGUAUUCCAAAAUUAUUAUUUUUUAAUGCAAUAUGAGAAAUUAAAAGUGAAGAUUAUUUCUCUAA